AUGGAAGUCUUAUAACAUAUAUUAAAAACUUAAGGAACUAAUGUAACAAUUAUAGAUCUAGAAUUUAAGUAUCAUUUGAUAUCUAUAUCAAUAGAUCAAUUGAAAAUUUAGAGGAAUUAUUACCAUAAUUAGCAAAUUUUAGCAAUUUAAAAGAAGUAAUUUCUAAAUAAUAUAACUAGCUCAAUUUACAUGGGAAUCGUUUGGCUUACUUGCCUGAUGAUUUAAGUUUGCUAGACACUGUUGAAGUUCUUGAUAUUUCUAAUAAUAUAUUCUCUGAUGUAAAUCUAUAUAUAUACAAUUAUUUUAGUUAGGCUAAGUAGUAGAUGCUUUAUCAACAAUGCCUAAUUUGAUUCAUCUUGAGAUUACAUUAUAAUCAAAAGAGGAGGAACAAUAUAUUUUAGAAUGCCUUACGAAUCUCCAAAUUUUGAAUUCUCAAAAAGUGAAUGGAGAUUAGGAUGGAGGUGAUGAAACCUUAGAAUAAUAAAGUGAAUAAUAAUCUGAGAGAUCCAUUAGUGCAGUUUAAGAUAUUACACUUUAACAAUAUGAUCUUGAAUAGAUGGCUGUAUUUUAAUAAUGAAUAGUUUUAGAUAUUAUAUGAUAGCAUAAGAGAAUAUAAGAAGGAAGAUUAAGAAGAUAAAUAAUUUGAUCAAUAAAUAAGAACAAUAAUGCUUGAUCUAUAAUCUAAAUUAAAAUAAAACAAUCCUGAUCAUUUAACCAAUCUUUAUAUUUUAACAGUAAAUCUUCAUUAUAAACUUAGGCAAAAUUUAACUUAUAUGAAAUCUGCUUUAAAUCAAUAAUUAAAUAUUUUAAAGUAAAUGAUAAAAAAUUAGAUGUUAUAAUUACUAAAAUUCAUGAUAUGCAUUUGUAAAUAUUUAAUGAUAUGUCUAAUGUGAUUUAAAAUUUCAAACCAUAGUCUAAAAAUUAAUCUUUAAUUAAUGAUAAUAAAAAAUAAGUGAAUCAAUCACAAUAAGGAGAUAAAACAAUUGAAAAUAGAUUAAGAUUAGAAUUAUCUGAACUUUAAUAAUAAAAUGCUGAAUUAGAAAAAGAAAAUAAAAGAUAUUUAGAUUUACUCAUAAAACAUUCAAAAGGUGAUAGGGCAUCAUUGCCUAAUUCUGAACAUACACUCAAAUAAUAAAAUGACUCUUAUCAAUCUUAAAAUUAUUCAAAAAAUCAAUCAUCCUCUAUUCAAUAAAAUAAUGCUAUAUUUUAAUCAAAAUAAUCUUAAAAUCUUAAUUCAGUACCUUAAUAAAUAAAUGUUAGACACUUGACAUUGAAGCAAUUAAAAGAUGUUAUUAAUGAAAUUUAUGAAAGUAAACAAAAAUUUGAUUAAAAAUGUGCUGAUUCUAAAUUACCUAGAGAAACUAUGGAAUAACAUAUGUAUACUUAUCUAAAUUAGAAAUAUGGACUUAAAAGUCUUAUAAUAGAAUGGGCAACAUCAAUUAUUAAUGCACUUAAAAAGUAUUCAGCAGAAGAUAAUGAUGUGGCUGUAUUUGGUAAAAUCCUUAGAAAUGAAUGUGAUGAAGAAUUUCGAUUUGUUUAGACAUAAGUUAAAAAUACUAUGCAAGAAUUAUUAAAAGUAUUCAUUAUAAUAAAAUUAUAGAUGUAUUUAAGAGGGAAAUUUCCAUUGAAACAUUAAGCAGAAAUUAAGGAAAUGCUCAAUUAAAGGAUAAAUGGGUAACUUUAUGAAGAGGAAGCUGUAGAUAUUAUCAAAUAUAUGUACAAUUAAGAAGAUUCUGAAUUACUGCUAAAUAAAUUAAAAUCAUAUUAUAUUGUACCUCAGAAAAAUCCAGAUAGAAGAUUAACAAGGGAAGAAUAAUUAUCAUUGCUUUAAGAAAAAGAUAAAUAUAAAUUAGAAUAUUCAGUCUUUUAGAAAAUAAUAUUAGAUUUCUAACUAAAAUCACAUGAAAAAUAUUUGAAGAAAUUUAUUAUGACUUUUAAAUAAAUGGAUACAGAUGCUAAUGGAAUUAUUGAUGAAGUAAAUAAUAUAGUAUAAUUUAAAUAGAACGAAUUUAGAAAUUUGAUUGAUAUUUUAAAUUUUGGAGCAGAAGAUCUUGACAUUUAAAAAUAUUUGAAUAUUAUAGAUCCUUAUAGUCAUUAAUAAAUAACAUUUUCAUAAUGUGUGACUUUGUUUUCCUCAGAAUCUGUACCUGGUUCUAAUGGACAACUUCAAAUACUAUAAAAAAUAUCAGAAUAAUGA